UGCAGAUUCAGGCAGAGAAUACUGUCUCUCCCUCUCUCAAACGUUUUCAUUUUCUUCAGAUACACUUCUCCAGCAACAACAUCACCCUCCAUACUCCAAAGUGGUCGCCAAGAAUCACCUAGACUAAUCCCCACAAGAUAUCCCUCACAUAUAAUUAUAUAUAUAUUACAGACACCUGCCCUGCCUUGCCCUAUUGCUUGCUUCAAUUCAUAUUAUUACCUGUGCGUGGUGUGGGUCUCCAUCGAUCACACGCCAACCCAAAGAGCUUGCAACUGCUGCAGACUUCGCCUACCUGUUCGUGAUAUGGGAAUAAGAAGGGAUUUUGUGGGACGACUCUGCAUUUCAUCUCUUAUUAUUCCUAUUAUUGCUGCUGUAUCCUUCAACUUCUGCGAUGCAAGAAGACCAAUGCCGCCGCUAAAAGCCACGAAGCCUCCAACAAUUUCGUCGCUGAUGAUCACAAACAAACUGGGUUCAUCAAACGCACAACCCUACGGCGUGAGUUCCCCAUUCUCUCUGCCUCCUUUCGACGCCCUGGCCCCCAUUCCCUUGCCCGACGCCACGCCCCCUCCUAUCUGUACUUACCCACCCUUCGCUCCGCACCCAGUUUUACCCAUCCAAACUCCACCCUCAAGCCCAAUGGGCCCAAAUCCCCCCGAUAUGUUUCCAAAUCCGCCUGGAUCAGGGCUCAGCCCACCCUACUAUGAGCCCAGCCCACCCAGCAUCUUUCCAGGCCCACCAGGGCCUCCGUAUGUUCCAGGCCCUCCCACCUUUGUUCCGAGCCCACCGGUGUCUGUUCCAGGCCCUCCCACAUUUGUUCCGAGCCCACCGGUGUUCCAACCACCGGUGGUGUACCCGCCGCCCACGGGGCCGCCCCCUCCCAGGGCCACCCCAUCCAUCACGCUGUGGUGCGUUGCGAAGCCGUCGGUGCCGGACCCCAUAAUUGAAGAGGCCAUGGACUAUGCUUGUGGGUCCGGGGCGGACUGUCAAUCCAUUCAGCCCAGUGGGUCGUGCUACCAGCCCAACACGCUGCUAGCGCACGCGUCGUACGCGUUCAAUAGUUACUGGCAACGAACCAAGGUUGCGGGCGGCACGUGCGAGUUUGGCGGCACAGCAAUGCUAGUCAGCGUCGAUCCAAGGUUCUGCGGCCCGUAGGCUGGACUUACUCUGGUUAGCCUACCAGGAAAGUCAAUCUAUAUUUGUAAUAUCUACCAAUCUGGCCCACUACAAUCUCUCCAGGCAAUCUUCAAAUCUAACAUCGUCUAACCGGCCACCUCAACCCAGCUCGCUGGGGAGACUGCAAUCUCUCCUGGCACGGUUAGACGGAAUCCACAUACUAUCUGAGUAAUGUGGUUGCACUCUAUCUGUAAUAGCAACGGUACCGUGCUCUGCUGUAUAUAUAUCUGUCUAUAAUUUCCUCUGGGAUCUAAUGCUGUGUAAUACUAUAUAUAUAAAUAUAUAUAUAUAUAUAUAUAUCUUGCUAUUUUAACAUGAUUUCAAAGCAACCAUAACACUGUAAAUCUGGAAUAUCUGUAAUAUCUGUAAUGUUUGUCUAUAAUAUCUGUA